AUGAGGGCAGACUGUGGUAUGAAGGACUGCGAGCGGACGGCUCUAAGGAAGAACUCGAUCGCUCUGUGUAAAGACCUUGUCGUGGACGAAGUGCUAAUUCAGACUCUCCAGGCGGACACCAUCCUAACGGACAGUCUUGCCGAAGCCAUUCUGGCGGAGAAGACAUCGCAGAAGCGCGCGUGGCGUCUGAUCAACCUCUUGCCCAAACGAGGGCCUCGCGCCUUCAGCUGUUUCUGUGCUGCCUUAGAAGACACUGAACAGGGACACCUGUCCGAAAUGCUCGUCCAGUCCACAAGGGAACAGAAGUUGACGGAUUCUCCUCUGCAGCUCCCCACACAGGAGGAGGUGCCUGCCAAGAGAGCCAGAACUCACGAGUCAAUGGAGAUGUGUUUAGAUGCUGACAGUCCGUACACCACAGCUGUGCAGCCCUGCACUGCCGAGUUCUACCACACACACCAGCAACAGGCUUACAGAAUGUGCUCUAGUCCACGUGGUGCGGUCCUGGUGGUGAGUAACGUGACCUUUGACCCGGCGCUGUCGGACUUUGAGACGAGGAGAGGUGGGGAAGUGGAUGAGGAGGUGCUCAGGAGACUCUUUAUGGAGCUGGACUUCAGAGUGAGCCUUCACAAAGACCUCACUGCACAGGGCAUGCGUGAUUGUAUAGAAGAGUUCAGUCGACGUGUGGGGGAGUUCGAUUGCUGUGCUGUGUGUCUGCUCUCUCACGGGAUGGAGGGAUUAGUGUAUGGCACUGACGGACAACCACUGGAGUUGGACUGGGUGUUUGAGGCAUUUGAUAACGCUCACUGUCCCCAACUCCAGAACAAGCCAAAGAUGUUUUUCAUCCAGGCGUGUAGGGGAGAGGAGAUGGACUGCGGCGUGGACCAGUUGGACGGUUCGGAGCGGACCCAGUCCCCGGGCUGUGAGCAGAGGGAUGCGGGGCGGGGAGCGGAGCGAGAGGAGGAGAGAGAGAGAGAGAGACUGAGAGUGAAGCUACCACAACGCUCUGACAUGAUCUGUGGAUUCGCCACCCUCAAAGGUGUGUGUGUCUGUGAACACUAAGAUGAGGGCUCGUGGUACAUCCAGGAACUGAACGCAGCUCUCAGACAGCGGGCCAAAGACACCCACAUCUCAGACAUACUGGUGCAGGUAUAA